AUGUAUGGACGUGGAGCAACUUUCUCCAGUUCGACUGGAUUCGAUCAGCACAUGAUGGUCCAUCGUGGAGAAAAACGUUACCAAUGUGAUAUUUGCGAGGCUCGUUUCGUGAUUAAAAUAUCUCUAGAAAAUCACCGCAGGACGCACACGGGAGAGCGUCCCUUUUCCUGCCCGCAUUGCGAGUACGCCUUCAAAACAAAGCGAAAUUUGAGCAACCAUAUACAAAAAAUUGACACUCCGGGCUACAUCGCCCCAAUCCGGCAUCGGUGUUCCCACUGCGAAAAAGGGUUCGAAAUUGGGGCCCAGCUGGAAGCCCACGUCCGCCAGGUGCACACGGGCGAGCGACCCUUCGCCUGUGACCAGACCGACUGUGGGAAAGCCUUCGCCCAGAAAAGGUCCCUCGUCCUGCAUUUGAGAAAUUCGCAUAAAAUCGGCGAGCAGAAAACCGGUUUCAAAUUGCCUCGUCGGAAGGGAUUCGGGGGACCAUGCGAAGGCAAGAAUACGGAAUAAAUCGGAUACAAUUUAUUAAUUAAAAUAUCUAUUUUUCAAAAUUUAUAUAUGUAUUGUUAAAAAAAUCAGGGUU